AAGCGGCUCGGCCGGGCUGCCACUCAACCGCCUCCCUCCCUCCCUUCCUCCCUGUGGCGGCGGUUCGAGGCUGUGGAGCGUCUCCCUUCCUGCCGGCUUAGCUUUCUCUUGCAGGGGGUGCAGACCUCCCAGAAAGGAGCAGGAUGGUCCAUAUCAGGGAGCUGCCCGAAGAUAUCCUCCUGGACCUCCUCUCUGUGGUCCCCGGCAGAGACCUGAUCCGCAGCUGCCGGCUGGUUUGCUCCCAGUGGCGGGACCUGGUGGACCUGGGAACCCUGUGGAAACGCAAGUGCCAGAGAGAAGGCUACCUGGCCCAGGGGCAGGACAAGAGCGUCCCAGACUGGAAGAUCUUCUACUUCCUCUGCACCUUGAAAAGGAACCUGAUCAGAAAUCAUAUUGCGGAAGAUGGUUUUAAGUCCUGGGACAUUGAGUCCAACGGAGGAGAUGAGUGGAAGAUCGAAGACUUGCCUGGUGCCCACGGGAGAGAAUUUCCCCAUCCACAUGUCCGUAAAUAUUUUGUCACGUCUUAUGGGCUCUGCACAAAGCACCAGCUCAUCAACUUAAAAAAUGAAGGCUACUGGAAUGAGCUGAUGGACGAGUCCAAGCCGGAUAUUGUGGUGAAGGAUUGGUAUGCUGCCCGGUAUGAUUGUGGCUCCCAAUACAAGCUGAACAUCAAAUUGCUGUCCGCAGACUACAUUGUCCUGGCAGAGUUUGACCCAGAAGACGUGGUGAUAGAGCAGUGGAGCGACGCAGAAUGGCAUGAGGUCUCACACACUUUUCACAACUACCCGCCUGGCGUCCGCUACAUCCUUUUUAACCAUGGAGGCCAAGAUACUCAGUUCUGGGCUGGCUGGUACGGCAUCCGUGUAACCAACAGCAGUAUCACGAUUGGCCCAGAGGUGGCCAGUGAGGAGGAAAGAGUGCUCGGCCAAGGGGGCAGGGGUGUAGCUUUCGAUUGACUCCCCUCUUGCAGCGCAGUUUGAACUCUCAUACAGUUGGUGGGUAAAGCCUCCCCUCCCCAUUUAAAUUUGCCCAUCGGUUGCCUUUCUGAAGCCCGACUCCCUUGGCUUUCUCUGGAGAUGUCGGCUUGCACCCCGUCGGCUCGGCUGCAGUGUUUCCUGGCUCCUAAGCCCCACAAACUCUUAACUUUUGUGCUUGGGGAGGGAAGCACGUGUAACGACUCAGGGAGGAAGGGCACUGGGUCGAUUUCUGGGAACAGAGCGGUGAAAACUUCAGAGAGUGGGAAAGAGCUGGGUCUAUCCAGAGGUAGUUGACAGGUAAAACCGCUGAGAAAAGAUGUUUCCUAUCAUCCGUGCAAAAACAGCUCAUUGUUGAAGGUGCAGGAACUGUACUAUUGGUCAGCAGGGGGACAGGAGGAAGGAAUAACUACAUUUUCAAGAUUACUCAUACUGAUCGCUGCUCAUUCUUCCCUGUGUUGUGUCAGACCUGAGGGAUCAAGGCACCCUGCUCAUUUCCCCUCACACCUAGUAGUCACUUGGAUAUUGAAGUGGCUCUGAGCACUCCGUGGCCACUAACUCCCUUGUUUUUAUUCUUUGACCAAAAAACAAAUUUCAGCAUAUUAAAAAAAAAAAUCACCUGUCUAUUCUCUCUGAAAUGUGGAAGAGGAAUGUAGUCUUGCAGCAAUUUGCACGUGUGUAAAUAAAAGAUGUUCAAUACCA